AGUCGGGCCGAAGGAAAAUGGGUGUUUGGUGUAAAUCGGGGGUGUAAUGCUGCCAUAUAUCACGCUAUCUCGUAAAACCGACACUGAAGAGUCUUAGCCAACAAAUCACCAGACAAAAUUAUGAGUUCGUCGUAUUAUGUGAAUGCUCUUUUUCCCAAAUAUACGGCGGGGACAUCCGUUUUCCAGAAUGCGAAUGGCUUUACAGAAGCAACUUCUUGCGCUUUUGCUACCAACUCACAAAGAUCCAGCUAUGGAGCGGGCGCCAGCGCCUUCCCAGCCCCGAUGGCCGGGCUGUACAAUGUUAACAGUGCAAUCUAUCACGGCCCUUCCAUGUACAACACAGGUUAUAAUCUAAACUCAGAUUCCUACAACCUGCGCUGCUCUGCCUUAGACCAGAACAUUCCAGUUCUUUGCAGCGAUCUGAGCAAACAGGGUUGCGAAAAAUUGGAUCAGCCUAACGUGCACCCUCAAGCAGAGAGCAAUUUCCGGAUUUACCCCUGGAUGAGGAAUGCAGGUCCGGAUAGAAAGAGAGGGCGGCAGACCUACACGCGUUACCAAACCUUGGAACUGGAGAAAGAAUUUCACUUUAACCGAUACCUGACUCGCAGGCGGCGGAUCGAAAUUGCCCACGCUCUGUGUCUCACGGAAAGGCAGAUCAAAAUCUGGUUCCAGAACAGGAGGAUGAAAUGGAAAAAAGAAACCAAAGCUGGGAGCUCGAACCCCACAAUCGAGGAAAAACAGGAGUGAAGCUCCCAAUGAAUGAACUGCGAAUAAAGCUGUUCUUUAGCCGCUAGCCAUGACUUUUGACUAGUAAACCACAAUAUUGGACUAUUUCAGAGAUACUGUGCAUUAGCACUCAUAAUACUACCUAUAUGUUUUAAUAACCUCUUUCGAAAUCAUGCCUGUACAAUUUAAAGUUCUCUGGUUUUGUUUGCAGUCAAAAUCUUGGGAUUCAGAAUGUUUAUCGGCGUUAGGCAGAAAUAUAGGAAUUGAGUUCAGAAUCCAUGCUUUCGGUAAUGAAGGGAAAGCGGAAGCAGAUGUUACAUGAAAAACAAUAAAAUUUGGAAUGCUUGUUUUCUCAAGUUUAAUUGAGAAUCCCCCUCCACAACAAUAAAAUGAAAGUGAAUGAAAUUCGAAACCUUUAUUCUUCGUCAUUAAAACGAAGGGGAUAGGGUUCGGGCUCUGAAUCUCCAAAAAAUACAACCAAUGGGGCAAUGUUAGCCGAUAGAACAGAAUGUCACCAUCGUUCUAGUCUACGUACUGUCAAAUUCAAUCACUAUCUGUUACAAAAUAUAUCUCAUGCACUGAGCUAUUUCUCAUACUUACUUUACCUCCGCUAACAUGCCUUCUUCAGAUAUUUUAAAGUGUUUCUGCUUAUUAUCCACAAAAUAAAAAAAAUACCGUAAUAAGAGGUCCUCAUUUUCAAUUCAGUCAGAGAUCAGGUACUUGAGCCAUUCUACCUACAUGUAGCAAGAACAAGCUAACUUGUCGAGUGAAAUAGUUCAUUUCCGUUCAAUUCUUAGUUUUUAUUAUUUCCUACAUCAUUUCUUAAUUGUAAUUAACAGGAGGAAGAAGAUUCCUCUUUCACAUAGCAAUGGAAUGUAACUACCUAUACCACAAUUGUGGACACCUUGCACGUCUAUGGAAACUACCUAAAUGUUUUAAUUUAACAUUCGUUUCUAGACACAUAGUGUUGUUCUGGGAGUCUUGACUUUUCGCACUUCUUCAAACAGUACCCAUUAUAUGAGAGUAAAAAUGUGAAAUAUAUUCUGAUGUAUGUUUUUUUAUGAGGUGCGUGUAUAGCCACUUUAUAACACGAAAUAGUGAUAACUACCUAGAUACCGGUUUACAUUUGACGCGAAUGAAAUCGUUUCGUACUGUGCUUAAACGCUAUACUGUAAAAAGCAAAGAAACAGUAGAAAUGGAAGGGGGAAAAUUGCGUUCUUUACCUUCGAUCAAUGGCAUUAAAAUAUAUACUUGCUAAAGAUUUCAAAGAAACCAUGUAUUACUGAAUGAUCUAAUUGUGUUUCUUUAAGUAUGUUGUACCAGUUGUCUUAUACAUGUGUACUGUUUAAGUUAUAAAAUUAAAAUAUCCAAUAACCAAAAGUAAUAAAGAAACUAUGAACUGCAUUGUCGACUGGAUAUAUUGUGGUUCCAUAUUCGGUGUGGUAUCUGUCAAUCGGAAGUUUUGCUUUGUAAUCUGUGUAUGUGUUGUUAAAUAAUAACCAAUGUUAAAGAUUUAAGGUGCAAUCUAUUUAAAAUACAUGUAUUCGUUCCAGCCAUGUAUACUUUGAAUGGAGUCUCUGUAGGCAAACAAAAAUGAGAAACAUUAAACGGUGCUUGGAAAA